AUGGCAGCGACGAAUGAGCAAGCUAGCAUGCCAACCAGUGCUGCCGUUAGCGAGUCCGGCAGUCCGACCAAAGAGACCUCCAAGCCGAUUGUGUCCAGCUCUCCUGCGAGCUCAUCUGGAGAUUCCUCGCCUCAUAUGAGGCAGGCGUCUGUCCAAGCGCAGGCACGAAGCGGUCUCACGAACUUGAGCGGCACGUCGCCCGAGCUACGGCACACUUCAGGCACCUUUCCUGGCCCACGAAGUCUCUCGCCCGAGCUCAACAGAUCCAGCAGCAAUGCUAGCGGCUCGCCUGUGCCGCGUCGCGCCAGACCUGUCACUGUCAGUGGACCCAUGGCAGGCCUGAAUUUGUACGCGCGGGACUACGCAGGCGGAUCGGAAGCUCGCAGGAGGCGGCAUGCCUCACAAUCCGGUCUGAGCAAUGCCGCUUUCACAUCGACGAGCUCAGAGGCGGAUAGUUUCGAGGGACGCGACAGCGGGAGCGAGAUGUCAAAUGAUGAGGCUAUGGCAUUCGAGAUGGACGAUACUGCCGCUGCUGCACCACAAGCUAGUCCAGAGCUUGUCCCGUCCCUCUGGACAUCGUCGCAGCCUUCUUAUCAAGACAGACUAGCGCCAUUGCCCAUCUCGUCAAGUAAUGCGCCCACCAACCCCGCCAUGCUGAGCGCUCACAGACUCUCAACGACGCCGCUGUUUCCUUCGCCGCUGUCCUAUGCAUCUCAUGCAGAUGAUGACGAUCCGCUCGAACCUCUAGAUAUCUCGAGUGCUUCUUCGGAAGGCGACGACGCCAGCAAGACGCCCGUUACUGAUGGCUCUACUUCUACCGGCACGACGCGAGGCAACACAAACCUGACCGGCCUUGCAUUAGGCACACUUGCGGUGCCUAUGCCUGCUCCUCCACCUAAGCCAGCCAAGUCAAAUCGUCGUCUCUCCAGCAAACGCCCGGGUCUAUCGCCAAAGACGGCUUCUUCAGCUCUGCCCAGCCUUGCGGGAGUCUACCAGCCUAGUACAUCGACUGACAUGCGGUCAUACAGCAUGAGUGGCACUCUGAAUCCUGAGAGUCCUGCGCGGCCGUCGCGAGGCAGGACUUCGGAGCGAGCAGAAGAGCAACGAAUCUUGCAGCAAGCGCGCCAGGAUUCCUCAGAUCGGCAGAGCGCUGCCUCUUCCGGACCAGCGACACCGUCUAGCACGCUUCAUCUGGCCAGAUCGGACGGCGGUGGUGGCCAAAGCGCUACAUCUGGCGGAUCCAUGCCAGGCUCUCCCUCCGAAGCUACUUCGCCUCAUAGUUGGGGAACGCCAUCCACUUCCCCUACGUCUGCUCGUUCGGGCUCACAACGCACGUCGGCGACCAGUCCAGGUACCGGCAAGCCUCAUCGGACGUCAAUCAGUGCAGGCACUCAGUCUGGAUUGCCUAUCGAGACUAUCAAGAUGCAACGUGUUCCGAGUGCUGUGCGUAGCGCGCAAAGUAUACACGCGAUCUCGCCGUCGUCGUCGAUAUCGCGCAAGAAUUCGAACAGAGCAUCCUCACCCGUCACAAGUGGGUUCCCCAGACGUAGCUCGAGCGGUUUCGAUUCGUUAGAUUACCCCGCCGCUCCCACUCCAUCCGCGACGCGAGCCGCAUCCUCAAACGACGACAGCUCGAGCGAUCCUGGCAUCGGUGCGAUAAGCAAACACAGACUGGAGAAGAAACAGAACCUGUCGCCUGUCAUGGGAUCACCAGAUAUCAAUGUGGGCGCAAAUCAAAGUCAUUCCGCAUUCGCGCCUCUUUUUCCCUUCAGCGGGUCUCCGGCAAAGCCGAUCACUGGCAGGCGCGAGCGGUCCAGAUCUGUGCUUGUCAAGUCAAUGUCACACACGGCCACUGAGCCUAGCCUUCUGCAUCCUCACUACAAUCGAAGUGUGCAGGAGGCAGCUGAUGAUCCUGGCAUGUUAGGCUCUGCGACGGGUCAGCCUCGUAUGGCGAGCGAUACCUUAGACGUCCGUGGUCAGCCAUCGACGCGCCGUCUGUCACAUCGCCUGUCCAUGACGCCAGGUGCAGCUCCUUCAACGGAUGAGUACGCAAAGAUCCUGUUACAGACGCGAGCCGACAAGAUCAAAAAGUGGAAAGGUCGCCAGCAGACGACUCCGAAUCCCGACGCUUUGCCGCUCUGGUCGCCUCCGUUAGCGGGCGACAGCUCAUCGACAGCUAUUCCGCAGCAUUCUGCGAGCUCACAGGGCUUCGACUUUGCGUCUGCCCUAUCGAAACUUGAUCUGAACGAAGCGGACACCACGUCGUCGAUCAGUCAGGAGCUUGAGGCGCUUGCGCAGGAUCCUGGCAAAGAGAUUGAAUGGGUUGACUGGCUCGACGAAUAUCGACUGAUGAAACAGGCGAAGCUCAAAGCCGAUUCGACUGACCGAUCUAAUCCGCAAAAUCGAACAGUGCCGCAGCAACCCGAAGCGCGCAUGGCGAGCGUCUCAGAAGCUGCUGCUAACCCGGAGGCCAUCGUUACGCCCGCGCAGAAUCACGAGACGAAUCCCUUUGAUUCUAGUACCGACCGGUGGUCGAUGCUGACGCCAGAGAUCAUGCCGCGACGGCGAAGCGUAGGAUCCACGCUGUCUACGCAUGCGCCGGGCACGGAUCAAAGCACUGUUAAUUCUCCCACUCGUUCGAGCAUGAUGGAUGCGUUCUCUCCUGGUAGCAGGCGUCGCAAGAAUCUCAACCUGGGCGCGAAGAUCGACGCCUGGUGGACUUCGGUCAGGAGUAGCUUCCUACAGCAUUUUGAUGAGCCAUCGCCAUCUAGUAGUCCCAACUCCCCCUUCAGUCAGCUCCGGCCGACUGAGCCGCGACUCUUUCGCUCGCAGUCAAGAAUCGAGCCAAAGACAACGAGCGCUCUCAUGGGACCACCACCCGUGCCUGUGCGAGCUUCGACUUCCUUAAGUCGUCCAAGGGCCGGCAAGAAGCCAAGUCUGCAAUCUCUGCGCGAGCCGCCGUCUCCGCGCGAACCGAUCGGCGGUGCGCUUGCGCCUGCUGCCAAGAUCGCUACGCAUAGACCUCAGUACCAUGCAGCCAAGCCUGGUCCUUCAUCAUCUGCCAAACGAUCUUCAGGGAGCAGCGAUAACGACACGUUCAAGACGGACACGAGGCGUCGGAAUCCCAAUCUAUCGCUUCGCCUAGAGCCUCGCUUCAAGCCUAAUCCCAUGUCUCAGCGAGAUCUGAGCAAUGCUGAUGGCUCAGUACGGUCCACAUCAGACUCUUCUGCUUCUGCUGGCGUCAUGACGCCGUCAAGCGCAUUCUUUGGGCCUCCUAGGUUGCGACCGAUUGCUCGCUCUUCCGCUUGGUCAAUUGAAGCCACGCCAGCGCUCACGCCGGGACGGCCGGCUGCAUGGGAUGUAACACCGGGCCCUGUGCCAGUAAGUGCGACCGAGACAGCCUACUCGGUCGCGGUUGCAUCAACAGGCGAAAAUGACCCUAAAGCUGUGGAGCCUCAGCAACAGAAUCCAGCAUUUUCAGUUUCGAGCAUACGACAGCACAUCAGACAGCGACUGGUCGGGGCAAAGGCCAAUUGCGACAAGGAGUUGAAGAAGACGAUUGCUGCGAUUACAAGUUUCGUCGAAGAGGAGCUGGAGCGUGAGCGCGCAGAGGCAGUUUUCCAGCAUCUCAAUCUCGACGAUGCAAGCUCAACAACAGGCGAUGACGAUAUGGCCAUCGAAGAUUCGGGCUUGUCCGGCACUGAAGAUGGCGACGAGAUCAGAUCGCGACCGACGUCGGCUAUGAGCUCACGUCUUCACAGCAGAGCACCCUCGGUCAGUAAACCCACAUUCAGGCCUGAAUCGCAGGACUUGCUGCACAGUAAUUCGGCUGGCAAUACGAUGCAGCGCAGGCCAUCCAUGGUAGGCCGCGGUCCUGCUCCGUCGAGACGAAUUUCCACCGCUCGACGAUACACGGGCGUUACUUCGAAGCCUAUUGAGUCAGCGACGCUCGGUCGCAGUCUCUCGCAACAGAGUGGAAAGUCCGAGUCAGCGCUCAGCUCCCGUUCGACUUCUCGUUCGCACUCGCCGAUGCCCGGCCAGCCACGAAGACCAACCCCUUCGCGGCAGAUCUCAGCCGACAAGAAGUCUCCCUUGCUCUUGCCCCGAGAUGAUCAUGGCGUGUCUACCUCGCCAUUCAUAUCUACGCUACAAGACAUGAUCACAAUUGCUACUGAGAUUCUCGAUACGUCCGUGAUCUCGCUGGCGACAAAGUCUGGCGCAUGCGCUGCCUUUAUCACCCGUCUGCAAAGUCUAGGCAAGAAUUGGGACGACCAUCCCGAAUGGCCAUGCCGGCGCUCGUACAUCGACUUGCUACUCAGCGUUGCUGGACUCAGCCGUGUGCUCGAAUGGUGGGAAGCUGAGCGAGGGUUCUGGAACUUCAACGAGAUGGACGAGGCCGAAGACGAGCCCAUCAUGGUGCUUGCGCGCGCCACGACUGAUGAAGAGCAAGCCAAUGCUCAGUUGCGCAAAGCAAAAGCGUCUCGCAGCCGCACCACCAGCACAAAUUUGACGCUAGCAACAACGGACCUGCUGCCUUUGCAAUCUCGCGCGCCAGAGAAUUACUUCUCCGCCCCGCUCGGCGUUGAUCUUGGUGCACAAGCGCCUACCGCCGGCUCACGGCCGGUCAGUCAAAUUCUUUCCGAUCAGCCAGCCGUACAAGACCUUCACACUGCUGUCGAAGCUGUCCGCAAGGCAACUAUCCUCGUCGAGCUCAGCCUGACGGAUCACGUUUUUGAGUUUCUGAGUCCUGUGUGGCGAGAUGUCACUGGGUUGGAUCCUGAUGAUUGUCUCGGUCAUCCAAUCAGCGAUCUCGUCUAUCCGGACGAUGCCGCCGUCUUUGUUGAGGCGACAAAUCGACUGAUUGAAGAUAAUUCUCAUACAGUCGAGGCGACAUUCCGCUUGCAUGUCAGCGCGGAUGGCGACGACAUCUUCGAAGCGAUGGAAGGCAAGGGCAUGCUCAUGACUGAUCCUCGCACAGGCCAGCCUUCUCAUACUAUGUGGGUCUUCAGGCCUGCCGCCGUCAGACAAGAAUUGCGGGAGGCCGUCGAUGAAGUCAACUCAGCUGCGCGCUUCGGCUUGGCUCAGCACCAAAGGACGUUCAGCGAUCUCACUUCGUUCAUGCCGCUCGCGUCUGCGUUGACUAGCGCGCCUCUGCUCUGUCGAAUCUGCGAGCGCAUGGUGCCUGCGUGGUUCUUCGAGAAGCACAACGAGACCUGCAACGAGACUCAUCGACUAGAGAAUGCCAUCGGCAACUGCAACGACAGGCUGACGGAGCUGAAGCUGACCUUGAAAGCCCUGCGCGAAGGCUUAGGCUCGCCAGAGAUGUCUGAUAACGAGGGCAACGCCUACUCGGGUACGCUUUUCAAGGCUUCGCAAGGCACUUCCGCCAAUUCGCAGGCUUUCGCGUCCCAACGACCUGCAGAGGCACCUGUCGUCAUCACCGAGUGCUUGGCCAUCCUCGAACUCGCGAUCCAGAUCAAGUCACCAGGCGGGUCAGAAGACUCUUUGUCGCCCACUGAGCAAGGCCAGCUCACGCCCACUUCGAGCAAGAAUCUGACAAGCAUUGCACACUGGGCCAAGCCAAGUAUCGACAGCGAUGCUGCGCUUGCUUCCAUAGUCACAGAUACCGACAACCUUCUCAAGGAAAAGCUGACGGCCGUCAAUCGUUUGCGCAACACAAUCAUCUAUGCCGAACGCGUGCGGAUGGAAUGGGAUAGCCGCGCAGCUCAGAUUUUGGCAGCACAACGAGGUGCAUCGCUACCGAGCAGCCCGAUGCGAGCAGACAUCAAUUUGCCUUCUUCUCCGACACGAUCGGCAGCAACAUCGCCCACGCGCAAACGUCCGGACGACGGUCAGCCACGGCAAAGACCACGCUCACUCAUCCAUUCUGCCUCGAUGAAUCUCAACCUGAUCACUCCCGCCGUAAUCGCGACGCCUCCACAAUCGCCUGGACUUGCUUCACGACCGUGGGGUGAAGCACCUCGCCGAGGCUCCGGCGAUUCUGGUCAUAGUAGCCCUGCUCUCAAUACAGUGCCAGUUUCGCCGCGCAUCCCAACUUCUGUGCCCACCGGUCGAUCGAAAGCAUCGUCCAUCAAGGACUUUGAAAUCAUCAAGCCGAUCAGCAAAGGCGCUUUCGGGUCGGUUUAUCUCGCCAAGAAGAAGACGACGGGCGAUUAUUAUGCGAUCAAAGUGCUCAAGAAAUCCGACAUGAUCGCCAAAAAUCAGGUCACGAAUGUCAAAGCAGAGCGACUGAUCCUCAUGACGCAAGCCGAUUCCGAAUUCGUCGUGCGCCUGUAUUACACUUUCCAGAGUCGCGACUACCUCUUCCUUGUGAUGGAAUAUCUCAACGGCGGCGAUUGUGCUGCUCUGCUUAAAGUCAUGGGCUCUCUGGACGAGAAUUGGACGAGAGCCUAUGCAGCAGAGAUCAUCCUUGGCCUCGAAUCGCUGCAUCGCAAGGACAUCGUUCACAGGGAUCUCAAGCCCGACAAUUUGCUCAUAGAUCAGCGAGGCCAUCUUCGCUUCUCAGACUUUGGUCUUUCGAAGCUGGGCGCGCUAGGACGACAGGCAAAGGCACUGGGACCUUCUCCUACGCCAAUAUCGCGAUCUCUGUACUCGUCGCCUUUGAGCAGUCAACCUGCGACUGCAGGUCUCGAUUCGAUCGUCUCUACCCCAGAUUCGAAUCCAGUCGCCUUGCCACAAGCGGCAGGCAGCAGCAGUGGUCCCUACUUCUCUGCCAAGUCACAACGGCGGCUGAGCGAUCGCGGUGUGGCACAAGCCGAGGCCGCGUCUCGGCUGUUCCAAGGCACGGGCGUUACAUUUGGGCAAAGGCUGGCAGAGGCCAUGUCGAUGCGACCGCAGCGACCUGAGUUGGCAGCGCACAAGAACAUCAGCUUUGGGAGCAGCCGAUCAUCUGGAACGCCGCCAUGA